UGAGAUUUUGUGAAGGACAAAGCUACAAGAGGAUAUUUGAAGAAGAAAAACAAUAUUCCACCGCAAAAAAGAUGCAUUGAAAAACGAAAAGAUUCUCUGUUUCUUUAACCUUCUUAUCUCCCCCUUGCCAUCAAACCCACCAUCCCUGCAAUUUCAUUCAUAUCAUCUGAAAGAGUCGAAGGAACAAUGGAAAAGAUCCUGCUAACAUUCAACAGACUCAAGUUUCUAUAUUUUCUCCUUUUUAUCACCUCUAAUGCCCUACACACUCCCACGCUCCACUGUGGUAACAUUCAGCUUCAAAGGCCUUUCUUGGCUCAAAAUUCCACAGUGCCCUUCCCUUUGAACCGCAUGAUCAGAUGCAAAUCUCAGAAGCUAUACUUCAGAACCUCUCUGGGUCUUUUCCCCAUCUCUUCUAUUGAUUACACAAGUAAGACACUAACAGUGUCUCACACUAGUUGUUCUCCUCCAUCACAGUUUGUGUCCCCAUCACUCCUUUCAGCUGGUUUCCCUUCUCCUCCUCACCCCAACUCACUUCUUCUCUUCAACUGCUCACGCACAAGUCAUCCCGCUGCAUCGUUUAUCCGCAACUGCACUCGGUUACACAUGUGUAGAGCUGCUUCUGAAGUGCCUUAUUCAUGUCUAGUAAUCAAAGAUAUUGGAAAGCUUGGCCCUGAUUUUCAUCCCAAAGAUUUGAGUUGCACAAGUUACAAGAGGGUUUAUAAAAGGACUUUGAACGAGGAAGACUUUGAAGGAGUUGAGUUGGGGACGAGGAUUUCGUUCGACAUUCCCGACCAUGUACCGGAUAUCUGCAAUGAAUGUAAAAAGCCUAAUGGCAGCUGUGGUGUUGGGUUGAAGUGCAUUUGUCAUGCACAAGAGUGCAAAGAUAAGGUCCUUUCAGUUACCGGAUCACUUGACACUGGUAUUAGUUCUUGCUCCUUUUAUUUUCCAUCAUUGUUCAGAUGAAUUCAUGGAUGAUUUGAGCAGCUCUAGAGCUCGAAACAACCAGAACAAAGACUUUUUUUUGGAUCUCUUCCUCAUGGUUGUUAGAUACUUAUUUUGUACGUGAUUGCUUGUAUGUUUCUUGUCCUAUCU